CUUCUUAUGUCCAUUGAAGCAUCAAACAGACAUGCUGCUCAAUACUACUUCUGGUUUCUGAAAGCUCGUGGAAGAACACUGAACACAAUUAACUAUUCUAAAUCCAGCAUUUUGGUGGGAAAAUCGAAGAGCAGUUCAACGAAUUUCCAACACAAUUACAGCAAUUCGACUCAAUUUUAGUCAGUGAUUCAUCAUCCCCAAAUGUUGCUUCAACAGCCCUCACCUUGUCCUAAAACCCUCCCGAACCCCUUUCUCUCUCACCUUCAUCUUCCCCGAAACCUUCUUCCUCGAACCCCUUAUCACUUUCGUCGCAGUUCCUUUCUCCUUCACGCAUCUGCUUCCUCCGCCGACACCAAAAGUCUACCUCAAUCCGCAAUUCGAAGAAUUGCCGAUAAGCUUCGAAGCUUAGGUUACGUCGAAGACGAUAGCAAUAAGCAACAGCCUUCAGCACCAGAAGUAACCCUAGUUACCUCUCCUGGUGAAAUAUUUGUCCCGUUACCUAAUCGUAUACCAAAGUACCGGGUCGGCCACACGCUUGACCCGAGUUGGAGUACGCCUGAGAAUCCAGUUCCGGAGCCUGGGUCUGGAAAUGCGAUAAGAAGGUAUCAUGAGCUUCGGCGGGAGGUUUGGAAGGAGAAGAAAGAGGAAAAGGUGAAGAGGUCGCUAGAGGGAAACGGAGAGAGCGAGAAUGUACCGACAAUGGCGGAGUUGAAGCUGCCACCGGCGGAGUUAAGAAGGUUGAGAGGGUUGGGAAUUGCUGUCAAGCAGAAGCUUAAGAUUGGGAAGGCUGGUAUCACAGAGGGGAUCGUUAAUGGAAUCCAUGAGAGGUGGAGAAGGACUGAACUCGUAAAGAUUGUCUGUGAGGAUUUGUGUAGAUUGAACAUGAGGAGAACGCAUGAUUUACUUGAGAGAAAGACUGGGGGUUUAGUUGUCUGGAGAUCUGGAAGCAUUAUCAUAUUGUACAGAGGAACAGACUACAAGUAUCCUUACUUCUUUGUAAACCCAAAUGAUGCAUCUGUUGAUGAACCAAUGAGUUCAUCUACAAACUCCGAAGAUAAUGGUGUUCAAACAAGAACAACAACUGAGCCAGAGCCACCUUUGAUUCAAGGAGUGGGUUCAAGAACCAGGGUUCGAUUUCAGCUACCUGGUGAGAAACAGCUCAUGGAAGAAUCUGAUCAGCUUUUGCAAGGAUUAGGUCCAAGGUUCACUGAUUGGUAUGGAUAUGAACCUUUACCAGUUGAUGCUGAUCUUCUACCUGCAAUUGUUCCUGGAUACAGGAAACCCUUCAGGCUUCUCCCCUUUGGAGUUCAACCAAAAUUAACAAAUGAUGAGAUGACAAUUCUUAGAAGACUUGGAAGGCCUUUACCAUGUCAUUUUGCUUUAGGUAGAAAUAGGAAACAUCAAGGAUUGGCUUCAGCUAUUCUAAAGCUUUGGGAGAAAUGUGAGAUUGCAAAGAUUGCUGUUAAGAAAGGAGUACAGAAUACUAACAGUGAGCUAAUGGCUAAAGAAUUGCAGUGGUUAACUGGAGGAACCCUACUUACACGUGAUAAGGAGUAUAUUGUUCUUUAUAGAGGUAAAGAUUUCCUCCCAUCUUCAGUUUCUUCAGCAAUCGAACAGAGAAGAAACCAUGGAGUUGAUGAGUUUCAAAGGAACAAAACUCCAAACUCAUCAUCAAAUCCUCCACAAGUCAAUCAAGAUAAUGGAACCCAAAGCUCCUCUGUUUCCAAAAUUGGUGAAAUUAAUGACCAAAAACUAGAAAUUGCCAUUGAACAAAGGAAACAAAGGUCACGUGAAGCAGCUAUUAAGAAGACUAGUUCCAAAUUGUCUCAGGCAUUGGAGAACAAAGAAAAGGCAGAGAAGCUUCUAGAAGAAUUGGAGAAGGAAGAAACAAAACAACAAUUUGAAGUAGAUAAAGAGGGUAUCACUGAAGAGGAAAGAUACAUGUUGAGGAAAGUUGGCAUGAAGAUGAAGCCUUUUCUACUUUUGGGUAGACGUGGGGUUUUUGAUGGAACUGUUGAAAAACAUGCAUCUUCAUUGGAAAUACAGAGAGCUUGUGAAGAUAUUAUCCGGCCACCUUCUUUAAGGCCUCAGACACUUCUUAAUAAAAGAGAAGCAUUAAAACGUUCCAUUGAAGCACAACGUACAGAGUCGUUGAAACUUCAUGUGUUGAAGCUUGGGAAAAAUGUUGAGGAGUUGAAGCUUAAGUUGGCCAAAAAUGAGGAAAUCUAUAUACAGGGUGAAAAAGAUGAAGUAGCUGAGGAACAUGAAAAGGAGAAAAGCUCAUCAACUGAAUGUAUGGAAGAAGCUAAUACAAAUAUUGAAGUUCAUAAUCAUAAUCCAAAUCCUACAAAAUUAAAGGAAAUUGAGGUUGAUUUACAUUUUUCAAACAAAAAUAAUGUCUCACAAAUACAAAUACAAAUACAAUCAUCAUCCCAAGAAAAUCCAGAAACAAAUGAAAGUGAGUUGAGAGAAGCUAAUAACUCCUCAAAGCCAUCACUGUUAACCAAUAAAACUGAGUUCCGAGUUACCGAGUCAAACGGGAGACAACACAGAUCUGUUCUUCUUUCCAAUAAAGAAAGGCUGCUUUUGAGGAAACAAGCACUUAAAACCACAAAACGCCCUGUUCUUGCUGUUGGGAGAAGCAAUAUUGUUAGUGGUGUGGCUAAAACAAUUAAAACUCAUUUCCAAAAACACCCUCUUGCUAUUGUGAAUAUCAAAGGAAGAGCCAAAGGGACUUCAGUGCAACAACUGGUUUCAAAGCUACAGGAGGCAACAGGGGCAAUUUUGGUAUCACAAGAACCGAAUAAGGUCACCGGUGAUGAUCUGGAACUUUUCUCUCUGCUCAAUCUCGAGAUACUAACACCUCCUACGCACCUCCGCCUCCGUGGAGCCGUCAUUGCCAAAGCUGAACCAUCAGACAAGUCUGUUGAAAUCAUGAGGAAGUUUUCAGAGCAAUAUGCUCGUAAAUCUGGCACAUAUUUUUGCAUAGACAAAAGUGUUACUUCUGUAGUUAUCAAGGGAUUAGCAGAUCACAAAGAUUCAUUGGGUGCACCACUUUGCCCUUGCAGGCACUAUGAUGACAAAGCAGCAGAGGCAACACAAGGCUUUUGGAAUUGCCCUUGUGUUCCCAUGAGAGAAAGAAAGGAAUGCCACUGCAUGCUUUUCCUCACUCCUGAAAAUGAUUUUGCUGGCAAUGAGCAGGCGAUUUCUAUGGAAGAAAUUAAAGAAUCAACUGCCAAUAUGUAGUGUAGGUGCCGUUUUUUUUGGUACAAAAACUAUCGAAUUACAUGUAUAAUUUUGCAUGUUCAUAUUCAUAUUGUAAACGACAUCAUUACUAUGGGCGUGUAUCCAAUCAUAUAACAUGUAUUGUGACAACUCACAAACCAAAAUAAAAUAAAUACAAAGAAAGAACAAAUAACUAAAGAUGAUGCCUCGUUUUACUUUGUGACUUAAUGAAAUGUCACACUACUCUUUUUAGAUACAACUUUUUAUCUUAAAAAUUAAGAAUUUGAACAAUUACGAGAUAAAGGUAUCAAAUGUUUUGAAUCCAAAAGAUUAAAAGUCCGUUUCUUAAUUAAAAAAUUAUGAGUCUAC